AUGAGGAAGGAGUACGCGAAGGAAGCCCUGACGCGUUGGCGCUGGGCUCACGCCCCUCACCCAAACUCGCACCCCCAGCAGUUCUUUUCUGCCAGGUCUAGGAUCGCAAAUCCGCAAUCCACCAUCAACAAUUCCGCAAUGGUCACCACCAGCGAAUCCGCUCUCACCGUCACCGUCACCGUCACCGUCACCGUCACCGAACCACUGUCCACCCUCUGCAGCGCGCAAUCGCCCACGCAAACGGCCGCGGGCAGACGGUCCAUGGACUUCCUCGCCAGCUUCAACUUCCGAGACGAGGAGCCCAGCAGGCUCGACAGCCAGCCGCAUGCCUCCAUUGAGGAAUUGCAGUCACAGCUCCGCGAUGUUUUCAGCGGCAAGGUCAGCGAGACUCGGGCGGAGCGUGUUGCGACAAGGCUGGACCUCGCAGCAGCCACCCAGUUGACCCUUCCAGUGCCGGAGGGCGAUCAUCAUGCGCUGGACGGGCUGAGCAGGCUGGAUCCGUCGCUGGGAGGAGCUCGGUCGACGGGCGUGUCUACGGACCCAGGCGGCGAGCGGACGGGCCGUGUGGUGCGCGUCAGCGACGCUCUGCUGAACCAGCCGGCCGACGAUCCAGUGUUACAAAAGUCCAUUGCCAACCACCUCGUGGCUGCCGUUGGCCAGGUCGAUGGAAGUGAAUGGGCGGUGCGGGAGGUAUCGCGAGCAACGCAGGACUGGGUCUUUUCGUAUGUCUGCAAGAACUCUAUGCAGCACUGGCAGCGGCAGCACAAGGCCCAGGUCAAGCCGCCGGUUGCCGAAUACUCACAGAGAGAGAUUGAUCCUCUGUUAGCAAGCCGGCCUGCCUUUGACUGUCGAGGAUCGCUCAUCAUAUCCUUUUCUCGAAAUAGUAGAGCUAUAUUCAUUGACUAUGACCACAUCCCGCUCCACCGCACAGUCGCCCAACUCGCGACUUUGUUCAAGCCCCCGCCUCCACGACGCCCUCUCCCUACGGUAGACAAACAGCCUAAGACGCCAAGUUCAUCGAGGAGGAAGAGGGAUGCCGACAAAACGCCGGGAGGUGAAGGCGGCAAGUCGAGGAAAAGAAAGAGGAAAACUGGCGAUACUGGGGCCUCAGGUGAACAAGUUGUACUCCUCGAUUCUCAGGAGGCUGCCGCCGUUGAGGCUGGCCAACUUCAGUUAGAGGAAGGGAGCAGCAGCUCAACCAGCCGGCAGCAGCAUGCUCAGGAUGCGACAGCAGCUGCACAAAACUCCGCCGCAGGGCUGCUCACCAUCAACGUUUCGCCCGAGGAAGCGAAGCGACGUAGAAAUGUCGCCAUGGUCAUGCUUCAGGGUGCUGGUGUUGACCCAGACUCUCUUUCCCCAGAGCAGUUCAACAUUUUUGCAAAUCAAUCCCCGGAGCUACAGAAGGAGUCGCUUAAUAUGCUGGUUAAGUAUGGCGCAGAGCGUCUUCGCAUUGUACAUCCCGGCAACAAGGAGGGCUCUGCUCCGCCUUCAACCUCAAACCCAUCAUCUACCCCUGCGACCCAGAGUAACAUACAGGGAAGCUCAUCUGGCCCGGUCACUACUAAUGAACUGGUGCUACAAACGUCCACCCCCACAAACAAGAAGAGUCGAAGGAAGAACCAGGCGGCGGAUGGCGAGGGCGAAGAAGCAGACGCAGGCUUAGAAGACGUCGGAAGUGUCAAGAAAACGAGACGAAGAAAGGGGACGGGCAAGUCGAGAAAUGCCUGUGCCCAGUGUAAACAGCGCAGAGUCAAAUGUCCGAGAGAAACGCCAAUAUGCAGCGGGUGCCGUGAGGCGGGUUUGAUUUGCGAAUAUGCCGCCCCCAAGCCAAAGAAAGUAAAGUCCAACGCCAUCAUCACCACAGAAGAUGAGCAAGAUGGGCAGGAUGAGAAUGAAGAGGAUGAUGCUGAGGCCGAAUUACAUGAUGAAACACCACCAGAAGAUCAGCAGCUUCAUGAAGAUGCGGAGGGCUACCCUGAGCUGUCCGACAACUCUGUACACCACCAAAUGCCAAUUGGAGAUGUGCUGCCUAACAACAUGGCUGCCACUGCUACUGACUGGGAACAAAGUCACGUCUCGCACAACUAUUUCCACCACACACACACGGAAGUUUCCGAAGCAGGCCCUUCGCAGCCCUCACAACCGAGCAGUAUGCCACUGUCGGAUCUAAUCCUGCCUCACGGACGCCAGUACUACCCCAACCUUCCGGCAUCCGAAGUGCAGGACCAGACGCAGGCGCAGGCGCUUACACAGCCAAUGGCUCAUAAAAAGCCAACCAAAUCAUUAGCCAAAGGGUCUGGGCGCAACGCAGCGAUGAGGAAUGCCAAUCAAGAGGACCGACACAGCUCUUUAAAUCCCCCGGCAGCAGCUUCGGACUGGUCUAAUAGCGGCAACCCAGUGACUCAGGCCGCAGCGGUUGUAGCAGCAGUUGUGACGUCGAUGCAGAGCCAGGAACCCAGUUAUGGAAUAGCAGACUCGUCUGGCCGGAGCAGUGCUUGGCGUUCUGCGGCGAUGCCCCAGGCGUUGGAGAAUUCUCAUCAGCAUAAUGUGGCUGCGGCGUCACUUCAACGCUCUGGAGCUGUUUCGCCAAUGAAUGCUGUUUCACGAGCCACGAGCAGCCCUCGGACGGGCAAACUCCAGAAACGAGGUGCGGUUCACGAGACAUCAGCAACAGACGGCUUUCAGAGUCCAAAUAUGUCGGAUCCGAAACAGCAACAGCAGCAGCAACAGUCAAAUGCCCAUGGGCAAGGACUACAAGCGCCAGCGGGCAUGGCUGGCUCUGGAACGUAUAACAGCUACGACCGUUAUUCUAGCACCCGAGCGCCAGAAGCAGCUUCAACUGACAGAAUCACGUACGAACCAUAUUCGUACCAGAGAGAUGCCACCAACAGCACUUCGUACACGAACUAUGGCCACGGUUCACACGCAACGACGACAACGACGGCCGCUGCUAGCAUGCAGGCACCAACGACAGUCUCUGCAGAUCGCGCAGGGUCACAUACUUAUGGCUCCUAUGCGAACCCUGUGUCCCGAAACACCUCCCAUACCAGCCAGACGUCCCACAUGGGAUCGAGGGGAAAUGCGCAAGCCCAAGACUUUGGUAACAAUAACGCGGACUUGACGCGCAAUUCCCGGCAGCACUUCAACCCCCGACCACAGAGUUCGACACCCAGGCCAAGCCAGAAUGCAGCGAAGCAGGACCGAAGCUAUUCGGCUUACCCAUCGCAGAUUCAUCAACGACAGCAGCAACAGCAACAGCAGCAGAAUACUCGCCAACGUGUGUCUCAACAGCAGCAGCAGCAACAGCCAUCCCAGCACCAGGCGUGGUACGGCUUCGGCAGCCAGUCGGGAUCUGGCUUUGCGGCGACUUCUGGGCACGGGUCAAACUACAGCUGGAACAUGCCAGGCGAUUCAUGA